AGUACGAACGUAUGACCUGAGCUCAAAAGACUCGCUUCGGACAUGUCGACUCUUUUAGAUCUUCCAGCACCGGUUGCACCAAUUAUCACAUGAUUCUACGCUCACCCCAACGCUGGCCACGGUCGUUGAUCAACGUUCCUAGUUGCCUCGAACGAACGACUAAAUGACCGCCAGUACGGUCUCGACAUAUCCUUUUGAACCAACUCCCCCAUGGACAACUGUAAACCCUAGGCCGUUAUUAUCUCAGUUUCGCACGCAUUGCGGUAUCGAAGUGUUGCCUCCAUUACCAUCGCCUCGAAACGAGCUGUUCAACGACAAUUAUGUUGUCAGCACCCACAUCUUACCUGCUAGUUGUCCAAGACUCACUCCAAACAUCCCAUUGCCUGUGGUCCCUAAAUUCUCGCCGAAUGCCGCAGAACGGCAACGAGAUAUUCAGCAGCUUUUCGCUGAAAUUACUGAGCGACAGGUGCGCUUCGUGAAGGGAGAGUUAGGCGGAGAAAGAAUCAAGAAGCCGUUAUGGAACUGCGUUAAUCGAUACGUCAAGAGAGUUCAAGAUGAGAGGAAGGGCUUGACAUUAUUCUUCGCUCACGCAAAUGGCUUUCCCAAGGAGAUAUGGGAAACAACACUGCGAUAUCUACUAUCGUCACCCACAGCUUCACAGAUCGACGAGGUGUGGUCUUGGGAAGCUGUGCAGCACGGUGAUGCUGCACUAAUUAACGAGACAGAUCUCAGUGGCAUAUUUGAUUGGCGAGACAACGCGCGGGAUAUUGCACACUUUCUGUUAUACUAUCUACCAGAAGAUGCAUCUUCGAAGGUCUUACCGACGCAUCUGCACCUUCUACCGGAGACUGUCAGUGAAUCCAGGAAAAUUAAGGGAUUUUCAUCCCGCUCCCUGGUGGCUGUUGGACAUUCAUUCGGUGGCUACUGUUCGAUCAUAGCGGCUGUCAAUUUCCCUGCACUGUUUUCCUCCAUCAUUCUCGUAGACCCUGCAAUUAUUAACGAUCACCGUGGCUCCUCCCAAAAACUAGAUGGGCUCGUAUUGUCUGCCCUUAGGAGGCGCGAACGUUGGCCAUCUCGUGAGGAGGCAUUGCGCUUGUUCAAGGCCUCUCCAUUCUUCGGAGCUUGGGAUCCUGAUACCCUGCAGCUAUAUGUUACAUAUGGCUUGUGCAAGGAUUCACAAGGGGGAGUGAAGUUAAAGAUGUCAGCUCUACAAGAGGCUUUGGUGUUCGCAGAUCGUACGGGAUCACCUGAAGCAUGGGAACUACUGGAAAAGGUGGACGAGCGCAUAGAACUACGUUGGAUUGUUCCAGGGAAGCCUGAAGACAAGGGAUUUAUGGGCGAACAAGCAACGAGGGUGCGAGUGUGGCGAAGGCCUGCUAACUCAUCUAACGUAGUGAUUCACUCGGCUGGGCAUCUGGUUGCACAGGAAUCACCAGAGGAGCUUGGUAAAUGAUAUUUUGUUUUCUACGGCAAUGUUCAGCAUCAUGAUUUUUAUCUAGCCCAAGAAAUAUCUACUUUCCUGGAGAAAAAGUACGGGCCACGGAGUAGAGCAUACUUAUGAUAUCCUUUGCGGUGAUAUUUCACUUCGCCUUAGACCUGUGACCAACAGGGCAUAGAAUACAAGAAAUACCUGAAGCAAGCAUAGACGGUUGACAUUCA